AUGCAUCUCAUGGUCGAGCCCCUCGAUCAGCAGCGGGACGUUGCUCGACACCAUCACCAUGCAUCACCCACCACAAGUCCAUCAUGGAAGUCGCACUUCGAACCCUGGGCGCGAUUGACAGACGCCAACGUGUUCAGCGCUUCAUCUCCUCCCAAUGCCACCAAGUCGGAGGCUCUUGGCACGAGCUCGACUGUCUUUGUGACGAGUGUCAGCGACAACAAGUGCUCGGACUGCGAAGGGUUCGUCGCAAGGUGCCGCGCAAUGCUCGAACCUCCUUAA